AUGACAACUCAAAUCCUCCUCCAACAUGGCACCGUGCUCGCUCAUCAAGCCGAUGACACGGUCAAGGCUCUCCACGACACCGACAUCCUGGUCACUAACGACAAGAUCACAGCCAUCGAUGCUAGCAUCGAGCCGCCCGCUGGUGCUAGAGUGAUAGACUGCACCAACAAAAUCAUGUCUCCGGGCCUCAUCAGCACACACAACCACCUCUGGCAGACCCAACUCAAAGGCCGCCACGCAGACCACUCACUCUUCCAAUACAUCGCCACGGGGAACAUGCAGUCCUAUAACUAUUCUCCCAGUGACAUCUACUUGGGCCAGCUGGCGGGCGCGAUGGAGAGCGUGGAUGCGGGCACGACGACGGUGUGCGAUCAUGCUCAUGGAUGCUAUACGGCUGAGCAUGCGGAGGAGUGUCUCAGGGCGACGGUGGCGAGUGGGGUGAGGGCAGUGUUGGCGUUGGCGCCUGCGACGAGGCUGAGGAGGUGGGAUAAGGAGAUGUGUGAGGCGGAUAGUGACUUCCUGCCGGAAUGGACGUUGGAGGUUGUUGAGAAAUGGGCCAAGUUGGGUGCUGAGGCGGAUGGAGGAAUCGAGGGUCGAGUGAAGGCUGGGCUGGGAUUCGAUCUGUUAUUUCUGCCUGAGGAGACGCUACGAGGGAUUUGGCAAAGGAUGGCGAAGGCGGGUGUGCAGUUGAUCACCAGCCAUGUCAUGCGGAAUGCGUUGGUUGGGCAGGAUAGUAAGGUGGGGAUGAUGGAGGAGUAUGGACUGCUGGACCACAAGUCCUUUUGCACAACAUCUGAAAAGGAUGAGAAGAGCAUACCGCGCUGGUUGAUCUCCCACGGCAACCGCCUCGAACCCGAAGAUCUGGAACUAUUAGCGAAGCGCGACGUGUACAUCUCGACAACAACGGAGACAGAAGCGCAAAUGGGUCACGGCAACGCCGCAGCAUUCGAGCCACAGACGAUACACAACGCUUGUCUAGGCGUGGAUUGCCACAGCAAUAACUCGAGCUCGAUCUUGAGCGUGGCGAGGACGCUGCUGCAGUGUAAGCGACAGGAAGUCAACGCGAGGGUCCUGGAACAGGAGAAGAGUCCCAAGACGGUGAAGGGCACGACGGCGGAAGUUUUCAACAUGGCGACGAUCCAGGGCGCGCGAGCAUUGGGGUUGGGGGAUAGUAUUGGGAGUCUGGCCGUAGGGAAGAAGGCGGAUAUCGUGGUGUUUGAUAGCGGGAAUAGUCCGAGUAUGUUGUGUGCGGAUGUGUAUGAUCCGGUGAUUGCGGUGGUGAGGCAUAGUGAGGUGAGGGACGUGGAAAUUGUUAUUAUUGAUGGUAUCAUUAGGAAGGAAGCAGGAAAACUGUGCGACCUAGAGAUUGACGGGAAGAAGACGUCGUGGAAGGAGGUGGCAAGGGAGACGAAGAGAAGUCAGCGUGAGAUCGAGAAGAGGAUUGAGGGAGUAAGUAUGCAGAAGGCUGAGGAAUUGUUUGUGAAGAUGUUCCAGAUGGAUAUGACGAAGAUUGUGCCGGUGGAUUGA